AUGUUUGCUGCAGGCUAUGAAACCACAAGCACGACAAUGAAAUGGGUGCUAGCAUUCUUAGUUAACUACCCAAAGUACCAAGAAGCCAUUCAACUGCAGUUAGAUGAAGAAGUUGCUGACCAUACUCCUUCUUUGGAAAACCGGUCUCGUCUGCCUCUCAUCCAAGCAACCAUUAUAGAAGCACUUCGAGUUGGAAACGUAGUUCCACUUGCAGUUCCUCAUGUCACGCUCACAGACACAACCCUCUGUGGAUACAGGGUUCCUAAAGAUACCAUCGUCUUUGUUGAUACGGAAUCCGUCCAUUUAAAUUCCAAAUGUUGGGAAGAUCCCACCGUUUUUAAUCCGUACCGCCACAUUGACGAGGACGGGCAGUUGAUCACCAACCAAGGUAAUUUCUUCCCUUUUGGAGCUGGACGCCGGGUUUGUGCUGGGGAAUCUUUGGCGAAAGUUGAGCUGUUUUUGUUCAUGUCGUGGAUGCUUCAGAAGUUUACCUUUGUUGCUGAAGAAGAUGGUCGUCCCCCAAAGUUGGAGGGAAUUUUCAGCCUCACCCAAUUUCCAGUUCCCUACAAGAUACGCGCGAUCAAAAGAAAGUGA